AUGCAAAUGUCUAGACCGGGCAGUUUGAGUGGUGCGUGGCAUCUACAGCGGUGUAAGAGUACUAAUCUUUGCUUGGAGAAGUUUGACAAAGCCCUGCAAAUUCCGAGGUUUAUCACAGACAUCAUUCUAGCCAAAAACGAGAAAGAGCCACUUGCCAGAAACGCCGAGUGUUCAUGCGCAAUGACGGAUCGUCCAUCAUUUACGGACUUUGAGCUGCUGGAUGAGCUUAAAAAGAUUUGUUUGAUUGACGAUAUAUUGGCAGCAGUUGGUCCGCUUGAUUUCAAGGCCCUGUUUGGUGAACUAGUCAGAACUCCACAGAAGUCCAUUUUUCCAAAUGUGGAUCAGCUUAUUGAGUAUGUGUUGUCGAGGUCAAAUGCCUUUGAGGUGAAUGUUUUUACUGUUAGCAAUCGUUCUGCCGAAUUUCGGGAAAUGUUUGGCUUCUUGAUUAAUUACCUGUUUAAAGAAGGCUCAGAAAGGUUGUCUAUGGAGGCUGUUCGUAAAGUUUUGGACCAGUUUCGUACAGUUCAAUUGUAUGAAGUUGGAACAACGGAUGAAGACCGUCAACAGUUUCUAAGGAAGCAUUCAAAUUUUUUUUUAACGAGUGAUAAUUGUUCUUUGAGAAUCAAUCCUCUCUGUCGACGCAUUCCUUCAGUCUGGGAACGCUGCUCACUUCCGCUUUAUGCUAAGAACAAAGUUAGGUGCGACAGAAGCUUAAUUUUGGCUGCUGUGGGUCAGGUGUCACGUGCUCAGCAGGACGAAGAUGCCGUUGAAAUUAUAGUUACAAAAGGAAAAUGGAAGGGACAGCGAGUGAAUGCCACAAGAAAACUUGUUUCGGGGUUUCCGGAGGGGACUGAGGUGAAAUUGUGCGCAUAUCGUACUUAUAAUUCAAACCAGCCGUGGGCUGCGUAUUCUAUAACGAGGAACAAUUGUUCGAAUCUGAGCGGUGCUGUUAGAGAGCCAGCAUAUGAUCAAAACAUAAUGCUUCCGAUGUUUCCAGACGUAAAUGGUUUUGUAAGACAGGAAAGAGACUUUGAAUCAGAAAAAGAUUUUUACGAGAGUAUCUUAAAAAACGAGCUAAAUCGUAUCAAAGAGGUGGAUGAAAUAGUUGGCAACGACCAAAUUUCUUGUUCAGAGUUGUUUAGACGUGUUAUUGAGGGGUAUCUUUCUGUUCUUCUUCUUGAUUUGUUCAUUUGA